GUCAUGACAAGAGCGAGAUGCCUCUCAUCUCUCAGACAGCUUUUACCCGCUCGUCAUUUGAAAUCACUUCACAAUUGUCUAAAUGACAAGAGGGUUUUUCAUAUGAAUUCUCCUUUAACUUUCUUUAAAGGCCUCUUUUCACGGUUCUUUUGCUCCAAUUCUCAAGCUACUGAACUUCAAAAAGAAGGAAAAGUAGAUUUAAAUCUUUUAUUAAGGUUAAAGAAGGAAACCCUUUUACCCAUAAGUUUAUGUCGUCACGCUCUAUCUCAGUUUAACAGCAAUUAUAAUUCAGCAAAAAAUUGGCUUAUUCUUAACUCGCAUGAAAUAGGCAAAAUAAAAGUUUCGAAAGUAGAAAACCGACCCGCUCGAGAAGGGAGAAUCCAUAUUUGUAUAACGGAUAGAUACGCUGUUAUGAUAGAGAUGAGUUGCGAGUCUGAUUUUGUUAGUAAGAACUCUUUAUUUAUAAAUUUGACUUCGAGUAUUGCCACUUCUCUAGUGGACAAAUUGCAUGAGGGUCAAUGCAACGAUCUCGAAACAAUAAAAACCUCUCCCGAAAUUUCUCGGGCAAUCUCAGAAGCUGUUUUGAAGUUAGGAGAAAAAAUUGUUAUAAAACGAGCGAUUAAAAUGGACAUAGAAGAAGGGGAGAUGGCCGGUUACUAUCUUCACGAAGGAAAACUGGGAGCGGUCGUUGUAUAUCGGCAGGAUGGCCAGCGAGAAAAAAGGUACCGCGUGCGGAUCGGAAGGCAUCUGGCCUCCCACGUGAUUGGACUGAAGCCUCGAACAGUAGAAGAGUUGCACUCGCAGCCGUUCCUACACGAUAACAAGUUAACCGUUAAGGAAUUUCUUGAUUUAGAAAAAAUUAAAGUUCAAGAUUUUAUGAGAAUUUCUUGCGGCGAAGAGCUGAAAAUAACAGAAGACAAAAAAUUUUAAUAAAGUUCACUUUAGG